GAGCCCGUUGGGGCGCGGAGCUGCGGGCUCAGGGUGGGGAACCGGUUCAUCCCAGUCCGGAGCUGCGCUAAAAUGGGAUCCAAGCAGAUCGCCCAAGAAACGUUUGAUGAUGCAGUGCAAGAAAAUAUUACGGAGUUUGAAAUGGACCCAGAUGAGGCUGUGAGAGAAGCUGUGCAGCAGUUCGAGGCCCAAGGUGUUGAUCUAAGUAACAUCGUAAAAGCUGUGAGGCAACCUACCUCUGAAAAUGGCCAGGAGCAAAAGCAUGAAAUUUUGCUGACUUUAGAUGCCCUCAGGAGAUCUGUUGCUGACUCGGAUCUCACUGAGAUGGCCGAGCAGCUGGGGCUCUUCACGGAGCAGUGUAAGGAGCAGCUGGCUUUCCGCUACCUGGCUGCGCAGCAUGGUGCCUAUUCCGUGGUAUUCCCUGCCUUCCAGCUGGCUUCUGGAGACAGAARUUUAACGCUGAGAGUUUUUCAUGCUCUGUCUGCCGUCCUGGAUGGACAGCCAGACCUGCUUGACGCGGCUGGCCAGGACCUCCUGCUGCAGACUCUGAAGGAACAAGCGGAGGAUGCUGAGAUGGUGCUCGCCGCGCUGCGAUGUGUUCGCCACGCCUGCCUGAAGCACGAGCAGAACCGGCAGGACCUCGUGAAAGGCGGCAUCCUGCCGCUUCUCACCGGAGCUAUCRUGCAGCACGGAGGCAGCGCCGAGGUCGUGCGCGUGGCCUCCUCGGCGCUCCGCAUCAUGACGUUCGAUGAUGACAUCCGYGUGCCCUUUGGUCACGCUCACGAUCACGCCAAGAUGAUCGUGCUGGAAAACGAYGGGUUGAGGGUCCUCAUUGAAGCCGCAAAGGCUUUCACAGAUAACUCCAGCGUUCUCAGUGAGCUGUGUGCCACUCUUUCUCGCCUUUCUGUCAGAAAUGAAUUCUGUCAAGAGAUUGUGGACCUUGGGGGYUUAAAUUUCAUGGUGUCUCUCCUUGCUGACUGCAUUGACCACACAGACGUGGUGAAGCAGGUGCUGAGCGCCAUCCGAGCCGUUGCAGGUAAUGACGACGUGAAAGAUGCCAUAGUUAAUGCUGGGGGAACGGACCUCAUUGUGCUGGCCAUAAGCCAUCACCUUGCCAACCCUCAGAUCUGUGAGCAAGGCUGUGCRGCCUUGUGCAUGUUGGCUUUGCGCAAACCUGAGAACUGUAAUGUCAUCAUGGAAGGCGGAGGGGCUUUGGCAGCCCUGCAAGCCAUGAAGACGCACCCGAAAGAAGUGGCCGUGCAGAAACAGGCUUGCAUGCUGAUCCGCAACCUAGUCUCUCGAAGUCGGGACUUCUCUCAGCCUAUCUUAGAGAUGGGAGCUGAGAACCUAAUAACAGAAGCUCGUGCGACGCACAAGGACUGUGACGAUGUGGCCAAAGCUGCCCUGAGAGAUCUUGGCUGUAAAGUGGAGCUCCGAGAGCUGUGGACAGGUCAGAAGGGAAGCCUAGCUCAGUAAAUCAUCAGGCCAUUGAGCACUGGAGCUACAAGGCAUCUGGGUACACGAAGCCUGAAGCGGGGGGACCCAAGUGUCAUGGAUUAACUUGCAGUUACAGCUGAGCUGGAAUAUCUGAUGCAAAUGCCUGGCUUGUGAGGCUGCAAUGAACUUUUUUUU